CUCACCUAGCCAUGGCCGCCUCUACGUCGUCCGCGCAUAUGGUCCAGCGAAGGGUCACUGUUAGCGCCUCCAACACGGACUCGAGGUACUCGUACUACGCGUACCGCACGCGUAGUAUUUCGUGCGCCCCUCGCUGUCCUGAUGGACGUUUCGGGCCGCAUGCGCUGCAGCGCGAGCGAUGUAUCGUGCUAUGCGUCGAAGACUGCUCGUACAGGGUACAUCACUCGGUUCUUGUCGGCAACUCACGCAGCUUCGAAAAGCGGCUGGCCCACCACCGCGACGACUCGGACGACAUCAAGAAUUGGGGAGUCGAGGACAUCGUCCUUCCGGGCGACAGCAAGCAGGACUGGGAUGCCAUGUUGGACGCCCUCUAUGAUUCGGACUCAUAUUUCGAGACUUUGAGCGCACAGCCGUUCGAGAAAAGCUUGCCAACGCUAGCGGGGCUCCUCCAGCUCGCGCACAAGUACAACAUGGACACGUACGAGCGGAAGGUCACGUCCAUCAUCGCGUCCUACUUCCCUUCACCCUCUCCGAACUCGAAAGGUGUCGCUUGGCCGACUCUCGCGGAAGCGACCACGGUUAUUAGGCUCGCGCACCAGACGGGCGCGACUUCUCUCCUGCGCCUCGCCUACCUCAUCGUCGCCGCGCACGCCGCCGAGUCCAACAAGUCCAUCGUCCACGACCUCGACAUCCUCACCUCGGACAAGCUCUCCAUCUGCGGGGGCAUGCUCGCGCUGCUCAGGGCGCAGCGCGCGCACAUGUUCCGCUUCUUCACCCGCUUCACGCCGUCUGCGAGAUGUCAGCGCGGCGGGCGGUGCUGUCCGCAGGCGCACGCGCAGCGGUACCACGACGCGCCGGAGCGGGUGUGGUUGAUCGUCGAUGAGCCGCUGGCGUGGUUGGGGGAGGGGGACCCGGCGCCGCUGUGCGACGUCUGCUAUGCGAGUGUCUCGGCUACUUUUGCGGAGGGGAGUCGGGCCGUUUGGGCGAGGUUAGACAAGUUGUUCAAGUUAUACUAGACUGCGGGUAAGGGGUUGGAUCAAGAUACCUGGGUGCUUUAGUUACUAGUCAUCUUCAAGGGUUUUUGUAGAAAUACCGGGUGUACAUUAUUGGAUGAUUCUCGGUUGUCGCUGUUCGAACUGCGAAAAGUAAAGUAUGGACGACCUCAUGUUCACCGCAUCCUUAAUGAUGUAGGGACUGGC